UCCAAACCCACUUUCCUCUAUUUCUCUUCACCUCCAUUGCAGAGAGUUUUUGGAAUCUCAGAUUCAUCCCUCGGCACACAUCUGAGCUCUCUCUGGGUCAGUUUCUCUUUAUUCAUUUGUUUCAGAUUCUGUACAAAUUUGGUUACUUUUGGUCUCAUAGAUAAAUCAACACGAAGCAAAACAAUCCCAUGUCCAUAUUAUAGAGAAACCAAACUAGGGAGGGUAGGGUUUCUGGGUCUAAGUCUAGAAGUCGGAAAACCUUCGUUGAUUGUAAUCUCUACAAGUCAGUCAAUGUCUAGCUGCGUCGUGGAUCUCCCUGAAGAUAUUAUACUCAAGAUUCUGUGCCGUCUGCCGGUCAAGUCUUUGAUCCGCUUCACUUGUGUCUCGAAACGGUGGCGUUCUAUGAUCAUUUCCGAUCCUCAGUUUGGAAAAUCCCACCACCAACUUGCUUCUCAGCAGAGAACCCUCCGUAGAGAAGUCCUCCUCACUACCUACCCUAAACUCAGAGAUCCAGGUCCAAUUUCCCUUGCUCGUUCCGGUGGCUUUUUUAAGUUACCCCCUCGAUUUCAAUCGUUAGAGGAUAACUUUUCAGUCAAAAACUUCACCAUCCCAUGUGAGAAGAGUGAGGAUAUAAUAGUAAUGGCCUCCUGCAAUGGUUUGGUACUUGUAGGCGAAAGCAAUCGUGGUUAUUUGAGAAACUUGUCUAUCUGGAACCCUUCUACUGGAUGCUUCCGCAACCUGCCUAGGCCAAGUUUCCCGGAGAGGUCAGUACAAUCAGCCGGUAAUGAGUACAAGUUCUCUGUGAAUUAUGGUUUUGGUCAUGUGUCCGCCAGUGACGACUACAAACUUGUUUUCAUAAUACCUGCCCUCGGUGAUCUGCCGGAAGUCCAUGUCUUCUCUAUGAGAGCCAACAUUUGGAAGGUUAUUACAGCUCCUUACUCGUCAUGGCCGAGAUGGCGUGGUGGACAGGGGACACUUUCAAAUGAAGCAAUUCACUGGGUCAUUCGCCACAAAAAUGAGAGUUCGGACCCAGUUAUCUAUGCGUUUGAUUUGGCAGAGGAGGGAUUUCGGCAAGUGCCAUUGCCGCUUGUUUUGUGGCAAGAUGAAGAUGACAAGACUUCCACCGAGAUAACAACUCUGGUUCAUUUAGGAGGAUCCCUUUGCAUCUUGUCGCGAAAGCAUUAUUAUCCCGUGAAAGGUGAAGUUUGGGCGAUGACAGAGUAUGGGGUGCCUGAAUCUUGGGUUAAACUCUUUCAAUUUGAUGUACGCGAUCUCCCAGAUGUCUUUUCUAGACUAUACGGUCCAUGGGAUAUCUGUUUCAUUACAGAAAGCAAUAUAAUCAUGUUAAGACGGGAUAAUGAGUUGUUUUGGUUUGAACGCCGUAAUGAAGAGAAACUGAUCUGCAGUGGACAGUAUAGGAUUGAGGAGGUACAACCGGAGGUGCCCGAGUGUUCGUGUUAUUUUCACGCAAUCGGAUAUGAUGAAACUCUAGUUUCCGUAGCUGAAUGAUUAUAGUGAAUCAUUGGCGCAUGAAGACUUGAGGCCUGAAAGCUAAGAAGCAGAAGUGAAUAGAGGGAUUCAUAUUUGCAUUCAAAUGCUGCUUGAUUAUGUUAUAACUAUUGUAAUUUUUAUUCUCCACCUUCGAUGUUAUUUGAGUAACUUAAUCCUUGUGUGUUUAUUUGUAAUUGAGGAGUGGAAACUAUGAAGAGGGAUUGCUAUUUGCAUUCAAAUGCUUCUUGGUUUAUGUUCUAACUAUUGUAAUUUGAAUUCUCCACCUUUGAUAAUUCAGCUGAAAUGGUUUCAUCUUAUAAA